CAGGGAUCUUAUUUUUUAAGGACGCAUGAUGUAUAUGCUUGAUUAUACCGCUUGGAUAAAUGCGACCGUGUCCAAUUUACGACGGACGUCGAGGCAGAACUAAUUAAGAAUAGCGUAGCAGAUUUUGAGGGAGAGCUAUUGCAGUGUUUUCCAUAGCUUGGCAUAGGGAGAUUGAUACUUUUCGAAGUGCAUUGCUUUAGUUUGCUGUCGUCCGGGAGACUUCUUCUUCCAUCUUGCAUCACGACGGUUAUGGGAGGCUUUGCCAGUAUACACCGAGGGUGUAACUGUACAAAAGACGCUCAGCAACCUCUGCCACCUCAACCCGAGCCUGCCGCGAACGCAGCCAAGCACACAAAGAUGGAUGAGGCAACAACGGCCGCUGAGAGCAACGGCGGGGUAGAUGAAGCACAGCUUGAAAGCCUACGUGUCAAGGACCCUGACGCCUGGAAGGGCGACUCUCCGCGGCCCCGCUCUGCUCUCAAGAAUCAACCGCAGCAUCCGCAACAGCAGCAGCCGAAACAAAUCGCAGAGGGGCGCGAGGUGACUGGCAGCGCCGGCGGGGCCCGUCCCUCCAUGGAGGCCUCGCCCUCACGCCGCUAUAACCGCAAGGUGUCCUUCCAGCUGAACGGCUUGGGUCCCGUCCCCGGUCUUGAGCUUGGCGGCGAGGAGGGCGGCCCGCAGCAUGCGAACAAGCGGGUGCGGGCCAGCGACGAGUUUUCCAUGCCCUACCUGGUCGACAAGUUCUACUCCAAGGUGCUCAGUGUGGAGCAGAUGCGUCCCUUCUUCGAGGGAGUGGAUAUGACGAAGCUGAAGAACCAGCAGGAGGCGCUGAUGCUGCUGGUGUUUGGGGGGCAGGAGCUGCUGGAGGACGAGCUGCCGGGGCUGGCUGCCGACCUGCGCCUCAUCCACCUGCACCUGCUUUUCGAGGGACUCAACCUCACGCACUGGCAGCUCUUCGCGGACAAGUUCAGCGAGACGUUGGACGAGCUGCCCCAGAUCCCUGAGGACGUCAAGCAGCGAGCCAAGGGCUACAUGGCCUCCACCAAAAACUACUUCCGUCCUAUCGAGCCCCAUGAGUGGCCGCCCAAGGUCGUGUACAAGGGCUGGACCAAGCGCAGCUGCCCCUUCCACUCCCCAGCGGCGAACGCCAGUGCAUCCGCGGGAGGAGAGCAGGCGGCCGAGCCCGGCAAGCAGCAGGACAGCAGCAGCAACAACGACCACUCCGACUUCAUCCUGCCGGGCUUCAAGGUGCAUACCGAGGAUGUCAAUGGUAGCGGCAACGGUGCCAAUGACACCAGCAGUCCGCCCCUGGAGUCCUUGGGAACCACGGUGGGUAUUGCAACGGGUGAGGGGAACAGCUGCUCCUCGCUGCCGGAUAUGCUGGUGGGAGAACGGCUUGGAAGCGUCUCGCCGCCGGAGGGGUGGAGCGCGCUUGAUCAGGCACCGCCUCCCGAGGAGGAGGAGGAGGAGGCGGAUGUGGAGGUGACGCCUGUUGAAGCGAUGGCGUGAGGGAAGGGGGUUGGGGUUGAUAAGAGGUUGAUAGGAGGUUGAUAGGGGAAGACGCGGUUGGUGAAGAGGUGCGGCUUAGGUUAAAUGUAAGGGGCGGUUGUUGGCGGUGAUAAGGUCGCCGGGCUGGUGCUGCUGCUGUGGCUGAGGCUGAGUCAUGGAGUUGCUGCUAUGGAAGGGGAGGAUGGGGAAGGUGUAGCAUGAAGGGAAAGAGGGAAAGUAGGAAAAGAGGAGGAGGGUUGGGAGGGAGCAUGUGGGGCUGUUGCAUUUCCGCCGCCAUGGGUGUGAGUCAUGUAAGUAAUUUGCAUGAGAUGCCAUGAAGGAGGCGGACGUCUACGCGACGAUGUUUGCAUUUGGCUGACCACUGGUAUUCUGGUAUUCCUUAUUAAUUGCCAUAUUAAGUUACCAUAUGGCCUAGACACGACGGCGCAGCUGACUGAACCGGAUUGGAUGCAUCCUAAGCAGUUACCGGACCUAUCCUGACGCGCUUUCCUUUUGAACCUGUUGUCAUGCAGGCUAAAUAAGUUCCAACGUAUUACGUGUUUGUGUAUGUCACAUGCAACCUGUUCUUUUUUGAGAUUCACUGGCCGAAAACCUGUGUACUCGCGGCGAUACCCACAUGACUGGGUUCUACGCCUUUAAACUGCCGGGUGUCAAUUAGUAAUCUGCUUUUACGGGCGACUGGUGCAGGUUGAUGUUUUGCAUCUGUUAGCUACAUGUGCAGCAGAGGGAAUGGCACUAGCACUGGCGAACAGGCGUUGUGUCUGGUUUUGAUGUGUGUUUUGGAGUGUACUAUUGGGGCAGAAGAAGACUGGGUGAGGGGUCUUAUGCCGGGGCCCGAGGAGGGUAAUUGACGGGGGACGUGAGGACGCUACUGGUGGGUCAGGAUUGCGAGUCUGCUAUACGAGUCUUUGGUCUUGGGGUAUAUGCACUGCCGUUGCUGUUGCUGCCUGUUACUUUAUUACUGGUUUGAAGACGUCGUUUGCGGCAGCUAACGCGUUUUGUGCCGUUGUGUGCUGUCUGUACUGGUGUACGACAUAAGGUUUUGGCGACGAGCGUGAGCUUUCUCCCCCAUACACAUCAACGUCUAAACAACGCGGCCACAUCAACAGUGGCACCAUGUUUGUCUGGUCGAGUGAUUUCCAACUGUGUGAAUGGUGUCGCAUUCGUAUGUGUGUUAUGACGUGAGGGUGGCUAGGAAGGCGGAAACGUGUGUACGUGGGGUUCGGACCUGACUGUCUGCGGUGGUGCUAUGCUGCCCGGUUUGGGGUCGCUAUGUAUGCACGGUCUCACGGGUCCCUUCUGCAAUCCUAGACCGGCACGGGUGAACUGUCACUUAACAAUGCUCAUUAAAAACGCAUCUCGAUGGGUGGAUGUGUUGCAUGUAAUCUUGGCUGGUUCUGGCUCCGAUACACACUCGUAUCGAGUAAUGGGGCUGGGACAGCUGGGAGGGCCCCGACAGGGACACGACGGAGAGCACCGCGAGUAUUACACCGGCGUGCCUUGUUAGCUGCAGGCGUUCCCUGGGGCAACUCCGCUGCAGCGCCAGUUUUAAAAAACCUGGCCGCCAGUCGGAAAGAACUGUGAUUGUCGGAAGAUGAAGUCCCACACAGAAACGCCACAAGUGAAGUACAGAACAGUGUAUGUACGGAUGGCACAUGGCUGUUGUGCACAACGCUAUGCCUCGCUUUAAGCGGUCGAUGCAUGAUACAAGUCAAUUAGGCUAUAGGACCUGAAGGGGAAGGAGUCGCUUGGUGAAACCAGGCCAGGUUAUGUCAGGAGCGCAACGAAAACAUGCCGCCGGCCACUGAUGGGACGAGGAACGCUCACAGCUGCCCAUAUCACUACUCCCCGUUGGUACGAUAAGCGGUACGACAACGCAGCUCUGAAAGCCCAUGCGUACAAAUACAUAAGGACAUCGCAUGUAACUUUACACCUCUAUUCUAGCUCCAAACCAUCUCUCCCAAAACCAAGCGUACGAUUCCUCCCUAAGCUAUAUCCCUUUCCAUUACAACAUGGGAACUGCAUGCCCAAAAGGAACCCCUGCGGCCCUCGGCCGUGUGUUCUAGUGCCCCUUACUGUGCUUCCUCUCCGCCCUCAGCAGCCCCCUCGUCGCCCUCCGCCCCACCAUCACCGCCGUCCUCCCCCGCCGCCUCUCCCUCGCCGCCCUCCAUCCCCCCCGCCUCCGCCGCCUUCUGCGCCUUCAGCUCCGCCACCUGCUUCCGCGCCAGGUAGCCCCGCAUGUGUGACUGCACCAGCACCGCCGCCUCAUUCGCCAUGUCCUCCGUUACCCCCUCCGGCAGGUCAAACCCAGAUGUCCCCGCCUCGCCACCCUCCGCCUCUGCUGCUGCAGCCGCCUCCGCCUCCGCCGCCUCGGCCUCCACCUCCUCCCGCGCUUCCGUCUCCGCCGCCUCCACCACGGCUCCCGCACGCAUCACCGCCACCUCCUUCCUCGCCUGGUAGCCCCGGAACGCCGCCUGUACCCGCGUCGCCGCCUCAUCCAUGGCCUGCUGCUCCGCAACCGCCGCUGCCGCCGCCGCCUCUUCUUCCGAUAUCGCAGGAGGCUGGGGAGGCGCCGCUGAGCCCGAAGGUGGCCGCGCUGCGCCUGACCCCGGCCGUGCCGACAUCGGCCGCGCUGAGGGUGGCCGCGGCCCUGGCGGUGCCACUGGGGUCUGCUGCUCUAGCAGCAGCUGUGCCGC